AUGACUAAGCUACAGACUAAGCAGUAUAGUGUUUCAUUGAAUGACUGCCUUCUAACUGGACCUAUCCUGACACAUAGCCUGUACGACGUGCUGUUAAAGUUCCGCAUCAGGACUUAUGCAUACAUGACCAACAUCAGUAAGGCCUUCCUUAGGGUAGGUCUCCAAGAAGAAGACCGUAACUCUCAAAAGUUCCUAUGGAUCAAGGAUGCUAAUGAUCCAAACAGUGAAUUAAUUACCUACAGGUUCGCAUCAGUUUUGUUUGGUGCUACUUCUCCAUUUCUGCUUCAAGCUACCUUGGGCACACACCUGAAGAAAUCUAAUAGCUUAAAUAAAACAGAAACUAGCAACAACCUGUAUGUGGACAAUUUCCAAGGAACAACCAGCAGUGAAA